AUGUUUAGUGUGAUUAAACUUCGAGUAUUUAUGAUUCCGAUAACUUUGUUAUGUUGCCUUUCGGUUGCCAAAAAACUUAAAGAAAUAUCAGUGAGACAAACUGAGACAAGUUUAAUCAUAUCUGAAGGUUUAGAGAUAUGCAAUAAAAAUCCAUUUCAAUAUAUUCAUUCACAUACACGACUCGUGACCACAAAAAUUCUUAUGAAUGGAAAAAAAUAA